AUGAGUUCGAGGGGAGGGAAAAGAAAAGCGUGGACCUUUUUAGAUGAGUUCAUAUUUGGUUCAUUAAUACAAAGUAUAGGAGGAGAGAAAAAUGUAAAAGAACAGAUAAAAAUUAUUUUUGGAGAUUUUGCGAGUGUAGUGAAGAAUGGAUUGAAAGGAAAUAACAAUAUUAGGGAGUCGUUCCGGAAUAACUGUGAAGAACAUAUUACGAAGAAUGGAAGUGCAAACAAAUUGGAUGAGUAUAGGGAGGUGUGUGUGCUCCUUAUGGAGGCAUUAUACGAAAUAUAUAAGUAUAAAUUUGGACAUACAGAGAACAAGUCUGAUAUUAAGGAAUGGAUGCGUUGUAAAAUUAUAAGAACAUGGUUAUCUUAUUUCAUUAAAAUAUAUUGUAUUCCAACGAGUAUUGCUAAGGCCAUAUAUAGUGCUAUGCAAGCAACAAUGAGAUGGAAGAAUGGUGGAUAUAAUAUGUGUACGGAAAUUUUAAAUAAGGUGGAAACGAAUAAAACAGUUUCUAUAAUGGAAGAAAUUAGGAAUAUAGUAGAAACGAAUUUAAAAGAAAUAAGCACAAGUGAAAUUGGAACAUGGAAGUCAGAAAAUUGGUGUGAACAAAAGAAGGAGUUGGAAGAUGCCUUCAAGGAGUUGACCAAAAAAUAUCCUGGCACAAGUACUACAAAGAAAGAAACAGGAAAAAAGAAUGAUGAUUUCUUUGAUGAUGUGGAUGAAUACGCGAACGACGCAAAAAUGGAAAGUGGAAUCAGCAAGAUAAGAGAAGAAAUCAAGAAACAGAAGGACGCAGAGGAGAAGGCAAAGGCAGCACAAGCCCCCAAACCCGCAGCCACAGUAACACCUGCACCCGUGGAGAAAAGUCCUGCAAAGACAGGUAAGAUUAGAACGGAAAUGAAACAAACUCCGAGGAAGUGUGCGAACUCUGGUGAAGCCGAUGGAAGAACCAGGAUGAAAAGGUCCGGAUUCCGAUUCUCGGGUAUUGGCUUUAAGGGUUCCCAGGUUUCGAACUUCAGGGUUCGCGGGUUCCGGACUCCAGGAUUCCCAUAUUCCGUAACCAAGGGGUUCCCAGGGUGUAGAACCCAAGAAUCCCUGAACUUGCAACCUGAAGAUUCCGGGGUUCCGAACCCAAGGGUUCCAGGGUUUCGAACCUGUGAAUUCCUGCGUUUUAGCUUUGGCAAUUCCAAGAUUCCGGACCAAGGGGAUCCCUAA